AUGGUACUUCAAAAUUGGAAGAUAAAGGUUAAAGUCCAGCUAAUCAUUCAAGGACUCGAUGCAGUUGUAGUAGGCGGAGGAGAGAAAAAGGGAAUGGAUGGGAAACUAGUGGGGAGAGAAGGGAUUGUUGUUGGAAAUGAAGGCAAAGUUGGCAUUGAAAAUGGAGCGGUGGAAGUUGGAAGAGUUGGUUGUGGUAAUGUUGAUGGCAAUGGAGGAAUUGAAGUGGGAAUGGUGGGAAGAGUUGGUUUUGGAAAUGUUGAUGGCAAUGGAGGAAUUGAAGUGGGAAUGGUUGGAAGAGUUGGUUGUGGCAAUGUUGAUGGCAAUGGAGGAAUUGAAGUGGGAAUGGUGGGAAGAGUUGGCUGUGGCAAAGUUGACGGCAAUGGAGGUAGUCCCGUUGUUGGGAUAGGCAUGUUUGGAAUUUGAGGAAGAGGUUGUUGCUGAAGAAGAUGUCGUGAUGAGGCCGAACAAGUCUUGAUCAUAAUAGUGGAAGAAAGAGUCACUAAGCAAGCAAUGAGAAAAAGCUUGUACGACGCCAUCUUUAAUGUGUGAUGAGUUUUAGAUUCUGGUUAAGCCACUCUCUUAUUGCUUCUUCGGUUUAUUGCUUUGUGUUAAUGAUAUGUUGUCAGUAUAUAUAGUGGCAAGAGUCUAUGGAUUACAAAAAAAAGCUUAUCACAGAUAAAAUAUUUUAUGGUUUUGGUAGGUGUAUUUUAUGUUUGGUUUGAGCCUUGUUAGUUCAACUUAAUUUGUUAUUUUAGACUAUAUUGACAAUUCCAUAACUUUAAUUUAAGUUAGUUCAACAAUCAAAAUCCUAAACACAUGACUAAAAGAAUAUGCACAGGUGUAUCAAAGAACUAACACAAGUUGGUCACCUAUAAGGCUUUAGAACUAGUAGAGAUUUUGCGGCUCGUUCUUGCUAUAAUAAC